AUGUCUUCCAACUUCACUCCCCAAAAAGCCUGCUCCGACCGUCCCAACAGCAGCACUACCAGCAGCAUGACUGCCGACACCAGAAGAGACGCAUAUUUCGCCAAUCUCUACGUGCUCCCAAGCAGCGACGGCACCAGCUAUGCCAACGCCAUCGCCACCAGCAGCACCACCUCCUCCACCAGCCAAGAGAGCUUAAUGGUGAGAUUGGCCUCGCCGGCCCUGUUGAAUCACCAAGUGAGGCUAUGCGACCUCGGAUGUAAAUUUUGCGCAGAGGAUGAGAAGGAGAGGAGGAAAGCUCGAGGAGUGAGAGGGACGCUGAGGCGGUGGUGGGGAGGUUGGAAGGGUGAGAAGCCAGCAUAUUGCGGAAAGGAGAUUUGGGAGAGGCACACGAAGGAGCAGUGCCGGGUGUAUUGUCGGGUGGAGGAGUGA